UUGGGGACAGGGGACAGGGAGGGCUGGGGGCUCCUCUGGUGCCAGCUGGGGACGCCAGGCUGGCCUUGGGAAGGGCCUUGGUGGCAGGGUUAGAUCAAAACUGGGGUUAAACUGGUGACAAGAAGUGUCUGAGCCGGGUUUUGGUGCUGGCAGGGAAUGGUUUUAGUUCUGUGGCUGAGCUUGGGGUACAGGAGCGGCCAGAGUGGCAGUGACACUUCCAGAGCUGCUCUGAGGCUGCUCCAGCUGGGCUUUCCCCUCCAGGUGAGUUUUCCCCUCCAGGUGAGUUUUCCCCUCCAGGUGAGUUUUCCCCUCCAGGUGAGUUUUCCCCCAGGUGGGUUUUCUCUCCAGGUGGGCUUUCCCCUCCAGGUGAGUUUUUCCUCAGGUGGAUUUGCUCCCAAGGUGGGUUUUCCACCCCAGAUAGGUUUUCUCUCCAGGUAGGUUUCCCCCCAUGUAGGUUUUCCCCUCCAAGUGGGUUUUCCCUCAGGUAGAUUUUCCUCCAGGUGGGUUUUCCCCCAGGUAGGUUUCCCCUCCAGGUGAGUUUUCCCCCAGGUAGGUUUCCCCUCCAGGUAGGUUUCCCCCCAGGUGGAUUUUCCCCCCAGGUGGGUUUCCCUUCCAGGUAGAUUUUCCCCCCAGGUAGAUUUUCCCCCCAGGUAGAUUUUCCCCCCAGGUGGGUUUUCUGUCCAGGUAGAUUUUCCCCCCAGCUGGAUUUUCCCCCCAGGUGUUUUCCCCCCAUGGGUUUGCUCCCCUGUGCUCUGGCUGUGUCCCCUGGGGUGUCAGAGGUGCUGAGGGGUCCCUGCAGGAGCUGCCAGACCCCGGGACCCCUCCCCAGGGCCGGGCCACGCUCGGCUGAGCUCGGGCUGGGCAGGUGGGAGCUCAGAGCUCCGUGUUUGUGCCUCCUGCUGCGAGGCCAUUUCCAUUUUUAUUGUUUUCCAGACGGGUUUGUCACAGUAAGGCCUGAGGGGAAGGGGGGAAAGGGGAGGAACAGAAACUUCUGGAUGCUCACCCCCUGCUCCUGCAACAGUUCAUUUUUAAAGCCAAGGAGCUGCUGUGGGGAGCCUUUGUUUGAUACCUGUGCUCUCAGUCCCACUUCCCUGUGCAGGACAUCCCGUUUGUGGGAGGGAUUUCCAUCAGGACAUCCCAUUUUUGGAGGGAUUCCCAUCAGGACAUCUCAUUUUUGGGAGGGAUUUCCAUCAGAGCAUCCCAUUUUUGGGCAGGUUUCCCAUCAGGGCAUCCCAGUUUUGGGAGGGUUUCCCAUCAGGACAUCCCAUUUUUGGGAGGGUUUCCCAUCAGGACAUCCCAGUUUUGGGCAGGAUUCCCGUCAGGACAUCCCAUUUUUUGGAGUGAUUCCCAUCAGGACAUCUCAUUUUUGGAGGGAUUCCCAUCAGGGCAUCCCAUUUUUGGGCAGGUUUCCCAUCAGAACAUCCCAUUUUUUGAGGGUUUCCCAUCAGGGCAUCCAAUUUUUGGAGGGAUUCCCAUCAGGACAUCUCAUUUUUGGGCAGGAUUCCCAUCAGAACAUCCCAUUUUUGGAGGGAUUCCCAUCAGGGCAUCCCAUUUUUGGGAGGGAUUUCCAUCAGAGCAUCCCAUUUUUGGAGGGAUUCCCAUCAGGACAUCUCAUUUUUGGGAGGGAUUUCCAUCAGAGCAUCCCAUUUUUGGGCAUGUUUCCCAUCAGGGCAUCCUUUUUUGGGAGGGAUUCCCAUCAGGACAUCCCAGUUUUGGGCAGGUUUCCCAUCAGAGCAUCCCAUUUUUGGAGGGAUUCCCAUCAGGACAUCUCAUUUUUGGGAGGAUUCCCAUCAGGGUAUCCUUUUUUGGGGGGAUUCCCAUUAGAGUAUCCAAUUUCUGAGGGGUUUCCGGUCAAAGCAUCCCAUUUUUUGGAGUGUUUCCCAUCAAAGCAUCCCAUUUUUGGAGUGUUUCCCAUCAGAGCAUCCCAUUUUUUGGAGGAUUUCCCAUCAGGACCCAUCACCUCCCUGUGUGCAGAACCAGGAGUGCCCUGACCAGCUCCUCCCUCCU